CUCGUUUGCAGUCUGUCAGCUCAGCUGAAUAUUAGGGUUGGGGAGAAGAGCAGAAAUGGAAGGGAAUAAGGACGAAGCAGAAAAAUGUAUUCGCAUAGCAACCAAUGCUCUUGGAGUAGGAGAUAAAGAAAAGGCUUUGAAAUUCCUCAAUAAAGCGGAGAAACUUUAUCCGACUGAUAAAGCGAAAGUGCUGCUGGACGCGCUGAUGAGGAACGGGAACUCUGCCGGGAACGGAGUGCACUGCAGGAGGCGGGCGGAGAGCUCCGAGAGCAGCCAGGCCAGAGCCCAGAAGGACAGCCAGGAUGCGGGGGGAGCGGAGCCAGCCAAGGGCUUCAGCAAAGAGCAGGUGGAGGGGGUGCAGAGGAUUAAGAAGUGCAAGGACUACUAUGAAGUUCUGGGGGUCAGCAAAGAGGCCGGCGAGGAUGAGCUGAAGAAGGCCUACAGGAAGCUGGCGCUCAAGUUCCACCCCGAUAAGAACCAUGCUCCAGGAGCAACUGAGGCCUUCAAAAAGAUCGGCAACGCGUACGCGGUGCUCAGUAACCCUGAGAAGCGGAAGCAGUACGACCUGACCGGAGGAGAGGACCCGGUCAGCCCGGGCCACGGUCACGGAGGGUUCGAGUUCCACAGGGGAUUCGAGGCAGACAUCACCCCUGAGGACCUUUUCAACAUGUUCUUUGGGGGCGGAUUCCCUUCCACUGCUGCACACACCUACAGCAAUGGCAGGCCACGGUACAGCCAGCAUCAUCCGAACCACACGCGGAGGGAGAGGCAGGAGGAGAGAGACGGCGGCUUCUCCAUGUUCAUCCAGCUCAUGCCCGUCCUGGUGCUGAUCCUGGUGUCCAUUCUGAGCCAUCUGAUGGUGUCAACUCCCCCGUACAGCCUCUACUCGAGACCGUCCACAGGGCAUAAUGUGAAACGGCAGACGGAGAACCUUCGUGUCAAUUAUUACGUCACCCGAGAAUUCAAAUCAGAGUACAAGGGGGCAGACCUGAAGAAAAUCGAGAAGGAUGUGGAGGAGGAGUAUAUUUCGAAUGUCAGAAAUAACUGCUGGAAAGAGAGGCAAACAAAGACGGACCUGCUGUACGCUGCAAGGGUCUACAGAGACGACCGUCUGCGCAGGAAGGCGGAGCUCAUGACCAUGGACAACUGCAAAGAGCUGGACAGACUAAAUGAUCUGUACCGUGGGGGAUGAGCCGGCCCUGUCUGGACUUUCUUUUAGAAUAUAUAUCAAAUGAAUAGGUAUACUUACAAAAACUAUGAACAUAGCUCAGAGGAAAACCAUCUUGGGGGAAAAAAAAAAACACAGGCCUUACUGUGGAAGUUGUUCUCUGUUGCCCUCACCUCCUCCACAGUGCUGCAUCGUAGUUCAUCUGAAGAAAAAAAAAAAAAUCUCUGUUUAAAAAAAAAAUGUGACCGCACCCUUUUCUUUUUGUUGGAAUAAGGUACCUGGAAUAAGAUUACGCUUUUCUGAAAAACACUCCACCCCAGAGGCAUGCUGUUGCUCUCCUUGGAUUGCAAGGAGAACGCCUUUCUCUUUGCAUUUCAUGCUUUUGACUUCCUUACCUGGCUUCCUGUUUUUUUCUGUUCUGAACACAUCUUUGGGUUUUUAGCAGAGGCUUGCUGAGCCCACAGACAUGUUAGUGUGGAGGGCAUACUGCCUCAGUCUCACGCUGUAACAUAAGGCACCAAGCGGCUCUAACUCUGAGCCAGAACAGUGAAGGAAAGGUGACCACAGUCCGAACAUGGGCCAAAGAGACAGUGCACUGAAACUCCACAGAGGAUGGAUAUUUAACUGUUUAAUUCACCAAUUAUGUACAAAUGUUCAUUUUGAAUGUCUUACGUUAGAGAGUAACUAUUGAGAUAUUUAGAAAACAAGGUUUGUCUCCAUUG